GUCAGUCAUCGGAGGGGCUCAGUGGAGCUGCGUACAGUUGGCCGAGCACUCGGCAAUGCGGACGAAGAAGGGGAAAACGAGAGGAAUACUCUGGAUUUCUGUGACAACCCAGCAAGUCGGGAAUUGCUCGGUCGUAGAGAAUAAAUUGAAAGGAGUUUCGUCCCUGAAACUCCGCGGAUAAGGACAACAACGGGAUUGGAAGCUGCUCCGGGCCGGAUAUUUUCCGGACGAAAUCCCUACUCACGCUCGUAUUCACAGCCCCGGUGUCGUGUGGAAUCGUCGGCUUUAGGAAUGAGUGCUUGAAUAUUUUUAUACUUUUGUAGCUCUUUUUGCCAGCACCAUCCUACAUUUUUUACAGACUCGCUAUGGUGGACUCCCCUACUAUGAGGAAGACCUUUGUAGUCCCAGACAUAAAGCCAUUGGAUUUGUAUGACUGUACUAAAGCAAAAAUAUGCGCAAGUGUCGGAUGGCUAUUGGCAAAGUCCUACGGGAGUGCAGAGAAUGUACCUGCAGAACUGCGUGACCCCUUCUACUGUGACCAGUAUGAGCAGGAGCACCUUAAACCUCCAGUCACACGCCUCCUCCAGUCCUCAGAGCUCUACUGCCGCACCUACAGCCUAAUACUGGGUGGUCCUGGAGCCGAGUCUCAACCCAAAGACAAUGCUGCCCUGGUGCAGCUCCUCACUCAGAGAGGCCUACUCUCCAAAGAACAGGACACACCACUGACUGAUGCAGACCUUCGACAUAAACCCAUCAAAAUGAGUGCUCACCUGGCAAUGAUAGAUGCCCUGAUGGAUGUGGGUGCCAUGGAGACGGUGACUGCGGUGAAGUCAUGUGGCUCUGCGAAGCUACUGGGUGGAGCAUCCAGCUGGGAGGAUGCUCUUCUUAAUUGGGUGAAUGGGUUAAACCAGAAGUUGAGUGAAAGCACAGAAGCAUCCCAGAAUGACACGCCUCAGGCCAUGACAGAGCCCCAACCUGUUCAACCCUCUCUCCGUUACAGGAAGGAUAAAAUUCUGUCCAAACAGAAGCCAAUUUUUCCAGUGGUGAAUGAAGUCAAAGACCUGUCCAGUGGUUGUGCUGUUGCUGCAGUCAUACAUUACUAUUGCCCUGGCCUUCUUAGACUUGAAGAUGUUUGUAUGAAGGAGUCUAUGUCUGUAGCUGACAGCUUGUACAACCUGCACUUCAUCCGGGAAUUCUGUGAUAGCUGUCUGAGGAGCUGCUGUCAUCUAGCGCUGGAGGACUUUCUAUAUGCACCACAAGAGCUUCAGGUGAACUUGCUGAGUUUCCUAGCAGAGUUGCUUAGCUGGUUCGAAGUACAACGGCCAGAAUUUGUUCAGCCAAUGGAUACGUUAUGUGGAUCCACAGCAGGCACACCGAGUACCUUGAGUGGUAACAGUACCUCCCCUUCUAUCUUCAAGAAGCCUUUCCUUCCCAUUUCCUCCCCUGCGUCAGGAUCUUUGACUCAGUCUACCUCAAUGUCUCAUAUAGAAGGAGUGGGAAAGACAUGGAGCAAGAAACCUCUCAGCCGCCCCUUGUCAGCGGUGUCUUUUAGCAUUCCCUUCGGCCUGGAUAGUGAUGUGGACAUUGUGAUGGGUAACCCUGUGAUAACCCGCUCUGUGAGCUCAGACCAACUCAACCCAGCAGGCCAAAACAUGACUCGGGUACCCUUCAGCCCUCCUGAAGACCUCAGCUACUUGCUGAGCAAACCCCCUGGACCCAGUGGUCCACAGAGAGCUUCUUGGGCCACCCAAACACCCAGUAUUCCAAGGCUGGCAGAGGAGAACGGACUCGCAGCAAGUGAAGCAGGAGAACUGCCAACAAUAGAAGAGGCUCUUCAAAUUAUCCACAACGAGAGCAAGAUGGAGCCCCGUCUACACCCCGAUGGUGCUCCUGAUGGCUUCUACCUCCACUCUCCUGAUGACCCUGCUAGUUCUAGACAUAACAACAACUUAGCACCCAUCAGCUGUUCUGCCCCCUCACGCUCAGGAAUGAUGUACAGGCCCUCAGGAGAGUCCAAGGAACCCACUCGCACCAGACACGCCUCUGAAUGUUCACGUGAUGAUGACUCAGUUUUGAGAGAUGGAAGUGUGGACUCGGAUGCAUCAGAGGACCUUCCUAAGGCCCAGUCCACUCCAUCCACACCAGCUUCUGCUGCACAGUCUGCCAGAGGCCAUGGCAAAGAGGCAUCUGACAGUGGGGUAAAGAUGACCAGCUUUGCAGAACGCAAAAAGAAACAGAUUACAGAUUCUCCCAAGGCCGGUGACCCCUCUUCUCCUCAGAUGACAACAUGGGCACAAAAGUCUGAAGAAAGCCCAGACAAGAGCCCACAACUCAGUAAUGAAAUGUCUGAGCUGGGGGUUAGGCUUGAGGAGAAGCGCAAGGCUAUUGAAGCCCAGAAGAAACGCAUUGAGGCCAUUUUUGCAAAACACAGGCAAAGGCUUGGAAAGAGUGCUUUCCUGCAGUUAAAGAAAGAGCAGAAUGAAGACGAAAACAAAGGGGAAGGAGAGGAGGGCCCAACCAGCACGUCAUCCACGGAAGAAGACCUGUCUCGUUUGACACUAGAAGAAAGGCUAGCUAGAAUGGAAGAGGAAGAUCAACAGGAACAGGAUGAACAGCACCCCUCAGUGGAGGAUGAGGGUAAUGUCAAAGGAGGAUCAAUGCUAAAGAAACCAGUAAGUCAGUCAAAGGCAGGAACACCAGGAGACAAGGGCUCUGGGACACCAGGGGAGAAAAUGGUAGCUCCAUUAGGGGACUAUAACAAUGCUGUGUCCAAACUUACUGCAGCUCUUAGCUCCCUGCAAAGUGACAUGCAGCGACUCACUGAACAGCAAAACCAGUUAAUGACAAAGAAAGGUACACCUUCUAGCAAUAAAUCCUGGGUUAUUCCAGCCAGCCCUAAAACCUCAACGCCAGCCCCUUCCAAUGCACGUAUGUCACGGGAAUCCACCCGAGAUUUAAAUUCAGCCUCCUCCUCUCCAUCUCCAUCACGCAGAAUAACAAACCAAACCACACCCCAUAAGUCUCCUCGAGUGCAACGUAGAGCUCAAUCUGUGCCCCCAAAAAGCCCCAAACACCACCAACACAGUCGCCCCCUGGAUUCAAAAGGUCCAACCCUGUCGAGGGUUCUCAAUGCACCACAAAGUGUGGACCGCAUUCCCCACCUUCGUCGUGUAAAUCCAUGGCAAUCCCAAGUCCAAACUUCAUCUACAUUCUCCUUUGGUGAUUCUGAAAACCGAGAUGAGUUGCGUUCAUCUGGACCAACUCCUCUCACUACGCCAACACUGACCCCUGUACCAACUCCAACACCUACCCCAACUCCCCGUCUUGCUGCAGAUGAGACGCUGUCAGAGGUGGGCUCCAAUGAUGAUCAGAGUAUAUUUAGCAUGGACUUGGAGGCAGGGCCUUCGCAUGGCCCUCUGGGUAGAAAGGAUGAGUUUAUAGGUGGGGGUUGCAGCUCUGGUGCUGCAUCAGAGUGCUCCUUUGAGAGCGAUGCCCCUUCAGGAGUGCUGAACGGUAAACGCAGUAGCCUGAUAGAGAUUUCACUGUCUGCUCUACGGGGAGAUGAUGUUGAGGAGGAAGACCAAGUACCUGAUGCUUUCUGUGACUCAAUGAGUGACCGGGCAGAGCAGGAUAUGAAAGGAGUUGGUUUCUUUUUCAAGGAUGACAAGGUACGCCCGGAAGAUGAGAUGGCCCAGCGAAGAGCAGCAUUGCUGGAGAAACAGCAGAAGAGAGCAGAAGAGAUGAAGAAACGCAAACUGGAGCAGGAAAAAGAAAAAGAAAAAGAGUCAAACAAACCUCAGUGGAUGAUCAUAGAGGGCUGGGGGAAUAAGGGCGAGGACAGACCCCAGACCCCGGGAACCCCUCCAGCAUCACACACACCACCCCCAGAGGGGACUCCACAGCGCAGAGGAGACUUCACGAGGCAGGAGUAUGAGAGGAGGCAUCAGCUGAAGAUCAUGGAGGAUUUGGACAAAGUGCUGAGACAGAAACCCACCACAGUUCGGGGUGUCAAGAAGCAGAGACCCAAGACUGUGUUCAGGGAUGACUCUGUCCUCUCUCAUAGCCCUGUUAAGGGAUUCAUGGGAACCAGGCUGAACAAAGUUUACUCCCACUCAACUAUGAACCUGUCAUCCAUGGCUAAUGACUCAGGAGGUCUGACUGUCAGGAAGUCUCCCAGCCGUUCACAUUCUCCCUCCCGGCUCAGGUCACCAGGACGAAUGCAUGCUCAGAAUGGAGAGAGAGACUGGGAGACUGGCUCAGCUAUUUCCUCCCCUGCCUCAAUCCCAGAAUACACCGGACCAAAGCUCUACAAGGAGCCUAGCUUUAAGUCCAACAAGUUUAUCAUCCAUAAUGCAAUCACUCGCUGCUGCCUGGCCGGCAAGGUCAAUGAACCACAGAAAAACAAGAUUGUAGAGGAAAUGGAGAAAUGCGCUGCAAACCACUUCCUCAUCCUGUUCAGAGAUGCAAGCUGCCAGUUCAGGGCGGUUUACACCAUGAACCCCGAAACUGAGGAGAUGGUACGGCUCACUGGGAUUGGUCCCAGGAUUAUCUCACUUGAGAUGGUUGAAUCCAUUUACAAGUACAGCUCUGACCGCAAACAGUUCACUGCCAUCCCGUCCAAAACCAUGUCCAUGAGUGUUGACGCCAUUACUAUCCCCGGUCACUUUUGGCAAAAGCGCCCAGGAACUCCCAAGAAACUGGGCACCCCAAAAUAAACACAUACCCAGGAUGGGUAGGGAUGUUAGCAUUCAGGGAACCAACCCCACACAUGACUCCUUUUGUCUGCGAUUUUGGCCAGUGAGGCACUUAAGUUUAUUUAUUACCCAGUUAGACUAGUAUUGGACGGUGUGACUACUUGGACUUUUGGCCAGCUAUCAACUUGGACCACAAGAACAAUCCAGUCAACUCUACAUGCCAAGAGAAAAGGCCAAUCACUCCUCUGUUCAGCCAGUCCAGUUACGAUAGUUUGUCUCUUGAGAGCUUCUGUUUGGCUCUUCUUGGUCCACCAGAUUGUAAAGUGGAAAACAACUGAUCCUGUCCUGAUGAAAAAUUCUCUUUACUAGCACCCUGCCUCCUCUUGUCUUGCCUUACCCUUCCCUUAGAGACAUUUUUGUGACUCCCACAUUAAAAAUAAGAGGGGAGAAUCUUACUGCAGUUGCUCACACAAUAGUAUUCUGUGCCAGAGCAGUUCUCAAACCCUCUAAAUUCUGCUUGCUUUUCCUUUUGCUGCCUUUUCUUCAACUUCCAGGGCUUACUCUCCCUCCAAUCUACUGAGACAAAUGGCUCCCCUCUCAGUCCUGAUUGGAGAUCUCAGCUGAAAGUUAACAGCAGGUAAUGCUGCACUCAUAUGAAUGUAGGGUACACUCUAACCACUCAUUCCAUUCAGGGUUGUUUUCUAGAAAAUACCAUACCGUGUGGUUUCUCUGGGCUGCACUGUUGGUGGCUACUGUGGUUGUCAAUGGACUUGCACACCUAGAAACAGCUCAUGCUCCCAUAGUUUGUAUAUUUCACUCUGUUCCAACUCCUUCAGCUGUAGACAUCUGGAUGUUUUUUAUACUAUUUUGAAAUGUUUUUGCUGGACAAAUCACUUCGGCCUUUGAGAGCUGAAAGAAUGAAAUUCAUGUGACUUUUUCUUCCUCACCUGCUUUCUCAUUUUAAACGUGCUGAACUGAAACAUUAUCUGAGCUUAUCUUGAAAAUAAUACUGGAAACAUGAAGGAGGCUUUAUCCUAUUUAUCAUGACUUGGAUACGGCUCUGUGAAAAUGAUAAUCAAUCCUGGUUUAAUAUAUAUACUGAAUGCUGAUUACUUUGAUUUGUUUUUUCAAUGAUUUGUAAAGAUGACCUUUGUAAGCUACUAAUAAGCUAGCCUGCUGCUUUAGCAUUAGAGAGAUGGAUGUUUGAGAUGAGAAUGAGUGAAUGAAAAUGAAAAGGAAAUGUCAAACAGGUGAAAAUUGCUGAAACCUUUGUUGAAGGAUGAAUAAAUCCUUUAGCUCAAAAGGAGUCUGUUUUCUAUUGCAUGAUGACCUGUUCCUGUUCCUGUGCACUGGCAUUCAAACACUAGAUUUAUUGAAGGAUCCCUCAACUGUAACAGCCCUCCUAUUCCCUACAAAGUCUGUGGAGAAUCCUUCAUGGAAGAAUGUAAAAUGCCAAGCAUUUUUUUCUGCCAGUGCAUCCAUGGGCUUUGGAAAAACACUUGACCCUGCAAAUGCUUGUGAUUAGGUCAAUAUCUCCACAUUAUCUGUGGGAAGCUGGCCUCCAUCCCUUUCCUUGCAGUCUGAAGCACUAAAGCAGCUGCCAAGGUUCAGCUGUCUUCUGACAAAUCACAGACUGCCUCCAAAAAAACGUGUUGUUUGAUUGAGUUUCCACUAUGGAUGUGAAAAAAACUUGAGAAGCAUUGAAUAAAGCUGGUUAGAUGAAUGAUUAAAGUGUGAGUGGAGGAGUGUGAUUGGAACUAGUGAAUGUAUUUAUGUGUUUGUAAAGAGUAGUAUGAGGUAGUUCAACACUUUAUUUUUGAUUUUGUGCAAUCCCCCUUUAGAAAUUCCAACUACCAGAGGUGUAUUUAUUUGGUUUGCAUUAGUUGGUGCAUUUGAUGUUUAGUUACAGGUCCUACUUUUUGUCUUUUUUGGUUGAGGUUGUAAAUCAUACAUUCAUUUCAUAGAAGGUUGUCAUAACAUUUAUGUUGUUUUCUUUCUCCUGUUAUCAAAUCUGUGCCAGCACAGGAUGUAUGUUUAUUUCUUAAUUGACUACCUUUGGAAACUGGACAGACAAAUAAAAAAAAAAAAAAACUUUUAAAAUCA